CGCCGUGCGGCCCUUUCAAGACGCCGUCCCGCGCGCGCGCCCGGCUGGGAGUCCGGCGGCGACUUGCCUCCGCGACAUGGCCGGCUCAGAGGCUGAAUGGAUAACUGUUGCCAAUAAUCUUCUUUUGAAAUGUCACAUACACCUGAGGAUUCGAGAACUAGAAGACUGUGAUGCUAAUGUUUUUAUUGCUCUUUAUCAAUCCAUUUUGGGAGAAAAGGUACCAGAUCUCAUAGCUAUUCCCAGGAAUCAAGAGGAUGAAGCUCACAAUGUGCAAGCAGUGAUUGAUUCGCUAGCUUUGGAUUACCUACAGGUCAGCCUGUCUCACAUAACAGGAGAAAAUAUAGUGAAAGGAGAUAAAGAAUCUAUUAAGAAUCUUCUAGAAAUAUUUGAUGGGUUGCUGGAGUAUCUUACAGAACACAUCAGUGAAACAUCUCAUGAAAAAAGUGAAACUGGACAGGAUUCGAAAGAAUCCCAUCGAGGAGACCCUUUGCAAGAUCGAGAAAAUACUAAAGAAUCCAGAUCAUCAUGGAAAAGAGUUUCUUUUGAGAGGUGUUCCUUAUCGUCUGGGGUGUUGGGCUCCUCCUGGGAUGGAGAUGAAGCAGAAUCCCCUGGUGAAAUAAUUAGACUUGGAGACACAGCACACACCUUUUCUCUAAGAAGUAAUGGUGCCCAAGGUCCUAAUGAAAUGCAGUCUAAAAAAUCCUCAACCCUACCAUGUUCUAGCUCACAAGAAGAAGAAGUAUUGAAUCCUCCCUCUAGUUUUCUGUCCAAGAGUAGGACAUCCUUUGUUGAAGACAGAAUUUCUUCUGUGGAUGUGAUUCCAAGUGCUAGGAAGUUAGGGGAGCCCAUCCGGUCAGCUGUUCCUUUGCAUCCACCUUACCACCCUUCAGAGCCUCGCGCUCCCUGCCCCAUAGGAAGAGAAUACUUGCAUUCAAGCCACUGCUCCCCUCCCAUGAAUUCUACCAGAGAAGGCACGGCAUUUUCUGUGGAACCAGACAAUAGAGUUUCCUUAACUUCCAAGUUGUCUGAAGAUAGCAAACAGGAAAUGUAUUCAGCUCGGCACCAAGGCCCUGGGAUAAGGAAACUUCCCAGAGGGAAAAGAUAUGAAAACAGAGCUGCAGGCUCAUCCUGGGGUUCACCUUUCUCCCAGAGGGCAGGAAAAAGGUUCACAGAACAAGAAUUACAUGCAGUAUCAGAGAAACUGUCUCAGCGCCUCUCUGAACUAGAUUCGAUGUUAAAAAGUGCCCUGGGUGAUCGAAUGAAAGAAAAGACUGGCUCUGAAGAGGAGAAUAUUGGAAAUGAAGAGGUGGAAAGUGGAAAUGAUGAGACACUGUCUCAGCACAGUGAUGGCAUUGUGGAGUAUGGACCGAAGAAGCCAAGGCCAGGACUGGCCAUGCAUAGAAGGGCACCCUCCAGAUCUCACUCACUCUCUCCAUCUCCAGUUAACAAAAGCAAACGAUUCCAGGUGGAGAGAAAAAGGCAGCGAAAACCAAAAGAAACAGAUGUCCGCCGAUUUCAAGCAAAGGCAAUAACCGAGGCAUUUGAAAAGGAACUAAGAAGAAGUAAAGUUCAAGAGAAUAUUGGACCUCUAGAAAUAAAUGACGCGGAGGAAACAAAAAAAAUACACAGAGGAGCUGUUCAUAAAGGAACUCCAAAACAAAGUCAACCCUGGAAGAUUUACUCUCGAAAAACCACAACUCCAAGUCCAAGAGGUGUCUUGCCAAAGCCAAAUAAAACAGUUCCAAUGAAAGUGAAUGAACACAGUCUCCUCCCCCUGAUGCUGGAGCAGUUUCCAUUUCUCUAUGUUUCUGGCCAAACACUAAGCAAAAUGUGGAAACAGCAAAUCGCACAGGUUGAACAACUCAAAAAAGAUGCAUACAGAGAAAAUCGAUCAAAGAAGAAACUCCAGGAUGAAAUAGAAGAAGCCUUGAGAAGGCAUGACCUCCUUACUGCGCUUAUCAAGAAAGAAUAUGAACAUAACAAGAGACUGGUAUGUCGAGAGCAAGCUGGGUACUGUAUCUUUGAAUGUCAAGACUUCAAGGACCGAAUUCAUAAGCAGAAGUUAACCCAAUCAAAGAUAAAAGAAAAUCGGCAGCAGAUUGUUCGUGCCCGAAAAUAUUAUGAUGAUUAUAGAGUUCAGUUGCGUUCAAAAAUGAUGAGAAUGAGGAGCCGGGAAGAAAUGAUAUUUAAGAAACUGUUUGAAGAAGGUUUACAAAUUCAAAAGCAAAGGUUACAAGACCUAAGAAAUUAUGCCAAAGAAAAGCGAGAUGAACAAAAGAGACAGCACCAGAAUGAACUGGACUCAAUGGAGAACUACUAUAAAGACCAGUUUUCAUUGCUGGCAGAAGCGAUAUCACAGGAACGUCAAGAGCUCAAAGCCAGAGAGAAAUCACAGGCCCAGAUGUUACAUAAGGUGAAGAGGGAGCUGAGAUCUAAGAUGGAGAAGGAAAUUCAACAACUGCAGUACAUGAUAACACAAAACGACGACGAUGCUUUUUUCCGGGAAUUGGAAGCUGAGCGCUUCAAAUGUCGGCUUCAUUUGGCUUCCUUUCAGUACAGUAAAAAUCCCUUCCUAUGAUGCCAGACUUCCUCAGUGUGGACUUCACCAGGGCAGAGCUAGAACUGAGCCAGUAAAACAAUCUAAACCAGAAGAAUCAUUUCAGAAUGACUUAUCUAUAUAUUGACUAGUACUUUUUAUGAAAUAACUUUGAAAAUAAAUACUGUUUUCUUCAAGUUUA